GGUAUGGCGGGCGGCUGGGCGACGGUGCUGGGCCUGGGGCUCUGCCUCACCGCUCUGCACCGUGGAGGCUGCCACCCCCCCAGCGCAGCCACAGCACCACAAAUUCUGGCUGUGCUGCGGGACAAUUUCCGCCUGCAGCCGGGCGAUCUGGUGACCACGGCGGGGCAAGCGUUGGAGCUGGACUGCGUCCCCCCCUCGGGGCACCCCGAACCCCGCGUCACCUGGAAGAAGGACGGGGUGACCUUGGACUUGGUGGGUGACAGGUAUGUGGUCACCAAUGGGAAGUUGAGGGUGGCACCGGCGCAAAGGAGCGACUCCGGGCUCUACAUCUGCGUGGCGGCCAACGCGGCGGGCAAGAGGGAGAGCCGGGGCGCCCGCGUCUCCGUCCUGGAGAAGCCGACCAUUGUGCGGCACCCCAGCGACACCGUGGCAGUGGCCGGCAGCACCGUGGAGCUGGGCUGCGGUGCCCAGGGUGACCCAGCACCACGGGUGCAGUGGCACAAGGAGCGUGGGGACCUACCCUGGGGCAGGCACGAGGUGGACCGGGAGCACACUCUGCGCCUCUACGCCGUGACAGCCGCCGAUGCCGGCACCUACGUGUGCACAGCACAGAGCCAGCUGGGCACCGCCGCCGCCACCGCCCUCCUCCACGUGGAGGAUCGGCUGCCAACGGGCCGGCGGGACACUGCCCCACGGGACCUGCUGGCUGUGCGGCUGCACCUGGACAAUGGCACGGCACUGCCCACCGCUGCUGUCCGGCUCCGCUGGAGGAUGCUGAUGCCGGUGCCGGUGCCGGUGGGUUACAUGGUGCUGUACCGCAGCCUGCUCCCGGCCACCACCCCUUGGGUCCAACACGACGCAGGCAGGGAGCUCAGCACCGUCAUCCCUGCGCUCCGCAGGGGCUACAAGUAUGAGUUCAAGGUCCGACCUUACACUGGAGGGACCCAGGGCUCGGACAGCAACAGCAGGCACCUCUGGAUACCUGAGGAAGUGCCCAGUGCAGCACCCCAGCAAGUCACCGUGGGCCAGGCUGAGACGGGGAACGGCACCGUGGUCGUGAGCUGGGAGCCACCUCCUCCUGAGGCCCACAAUGGCAUCAUCCGGGGCUACCAGGUCUGGUCAGUGGGCGAGGGCUGGCAGCGCCCCACCAACAGGACAGUGGACGGAGGCACCCGCCGCCUGGAAACCCUCCUCCCACACCCCAGCGCCGAAUUCUGUGUCCAGGUGGCAGCUUUCAACGGUGCAGGGCUGGGGGUCCCCAGCAACACCACCUGUGGUGUCCUGGGGCUGACAGCGGGGAGCAGCGGGGUGGUCCAGGCACUGCGGCAGCCUGCUGUCAUCGCAGCCGCCGGCUCCAUGCUCUGGUUGGCCUUACUCGCCCUCCUCCUCCUCAUCUGCCAGCGCCGCGCCAGCCAGGAUGCCGCAGCUCGCCGCAGGCUGGUGGCCGGUGACUCGCCGUGGCUCGGUGGCCCCUGGAAACCCAGCUGUGCCCCCCGAAACCUCAGCAGCAGCAGCAGCCUCAGCAGCCGACUGCUGGGCAGUGACAGCAGGGACCCCCACCCCUCCACCCUCUCCCUGGAGCCGCCGAGCCUUGGCCCCCCCACGCCCCCCAACUGCAGCAGCCCCCGUGGGGGGCACCCGCCGCCCCUCGGGGACACGGGGUGCUGCGGCGGGGGGCACCCCGGGGUGCACACCUCGCCCAGCACCCCAAACCCAGCACCCUGGGAGCACAUUCGCAAGAGAGAGCUGCAUCAAGUGCACAGCACCCCAGUGCUCACGGCUGGCCCCAACCAUGUCCCUGUCACUGGAAGUGGAGGUGAGUGGGGGACAGAUUUUGGGCCAGCAGCCAGGUGGCCUCAGCGAAGGGGACACGAGGGUGACACCACUGCUGCCAUGAUGGACAGAGGGAACGGGCAGCUGCCGUUCUUCAGCUCCCCAAAACCACGUCGGGGCAGUGCUUCACUGGCCUCCGGUGUCACCGGGUCACCAGUGACACCCCCGAGACCACCCCAUGCCCGGCACCCACCGGUGACACGGUCCCCAGCCACCGUGUGCCCCAGGGACACAUCCCCGGUCACCAGGCACCCCAAGGACCUGUCCCCAUCCACUGGGAUCCCCAGGGACACACCUCCACUCACCCAACGCCCCAGGGACACAUCCCCGACCACUGAGAGCCCCAGGGAUGUGUCACUGGCCACGAGGCACCCCCGGGACAUGUCCCUCAUCACUGAGGGCCCCAAGGACAUGCUCCUGUCUAGCAGGCACCCCAAGGAUGUGUCCCCAGUCCCCAGAAAUCCCAGGGACAUGUCACCAGCCACCAAGCACCAGAGAGACACAGUCUUGGCCGCCAGGCACCCUGAGGACACAUCCCUGGUCACCAGGUGCCCCAGGGACCCAUUACCAGGGACCAAAUGCCAGAGGGACAUGUCACCAUCCACUAGGCACCCCAAGGACAUGUCCCCAGCCAGCCAGCACCCAAGGGACACAUCCCCAGGCAUGAGGCUGCCCCAGGAGAUGUCCCCAGGCACCAGGCUCCCCAAGGAGAUGUCCCCAGCUACCAGGCACUGCAGGGACAAGUUCCUGGCCACUAGCAGGUACCCUGAGAACAUGUCACCAGCCAUGAGGCACCUCAGGGACACAUCCCCAGUCACCAGACACCCUGAGGAGAUGCCACCAGUCCCUGAGCACCGCAGGGACAAGUUCUUGGGCACCAGGUACCCUGAGGACAUGUCACCAGACACUGGGCACAUAAAGGACACAUCCCCAUCCACUGGACACAUAAGGGACACAUCCCCAGUCACCAGGCAUCCUGAAGAGGUGUCCCCAGUAACUGGUCACCGGAGGGACAUGUUCUUGGGCACCAGGUACCCCAAGGACAUGUCCCCAGACACCAGGCACCCAAGGGACAGGUCCCCAGUCACCGGGCGCCUCUCGCCAGCGUUCAGCGACGGGGUCCUCACGCAGCAGCAGGUGGCUGAGGACCUGGAGAUGGACCAGGACACCACCUGCCUCAGACCCCCAGCACCAACCGUGCCACAGUCCUUCUCACCACUGCACACCUACGGCUACAUCUACGGGCCACCAGCCUCCGAGCUGGGCGAGGAGGAGGAGGAGGGGGAGGAGGAGGAGGAAGAAGAGGAGGAGGAAGAGCGGACGGCAACGAGGGGCUCGCCGGGGGGGUCUCUGCUGAACGGCUGGGGGUCCGUCUCGGAGGACAACUUUGCCAGCGCCCGCUGCAGCCUCGUGAGCUCCUGCGAUGGCUCCUUCCUGCUGGACGCCAGCUUCGCCCGCGCACUGGCCGUGGCCGUCGAUGGCCUCUGCUACAGCCUUGAGGACACUGACGGGCCUUACAGGGGUCCCUCACCGCCACCAUCACCCUUGGAGCGGGUCUUCUCACCUGGGGUCCCAACCACCACCUGGGACUGGGGGACAGCGCUGGGGGUCCCACAGAGAGUUGGGGCAGAGGUAGCUCUGGGCAUCACACAGAACGGUGGCCAGGGGUCAGGGAGUGGCAGCCCCUGGGCCAGGGCAGGUGGUGAGCUGGGGACAGGAGGAACAGGAGCAUGGAGGUCCCCAGGGUGCAGGACGCAGCAAGGCCAGAGUCCCCUCGGCUCGGCUAAAAUCCAGUUUUAUUAGGCAGUUCCCCAAAAAGGGGCUCUUUACUAGGAAAAGCCACUCACAAAGGGUGGGUGGCACCAAGGUGGGUGGGUGUCCCUCUUUCUCCAGUGUCCUUGCCCUUCCCAAGUGUUCUAUACUUCCACAGUGUCCCCAUCCCUCCUCAGUGUCCCCAUACUUUCCCAAAUUCCUCAUUCCUCCCCAGGAUCCUCAUUCUUCCCAAGAGUCCACAUCCCCUCUAAGUGUCCACACCCCUCCACAGUGUCCUCGUCCCUCCCCAGUGCCCUCAUCCUUCCCCAACAUCCUCAUCCUCCCCAACUAUCCUUGUCCACCCCAAGCA